CCUAGCGGCGUUUUAUAAAAUCAAUGUUUUAUUACAUCGCACGUUGACCGUUUAAAAUUUUGUUAUUGUUACAAAAUGGCCUGCAGUCAAAGUUACAUGCCAAACUAUUUUGCUAUAAAUGAUAUUUUGUGUACUGAAGAACGAUUAACAUGCACGAUUGAAGUUGAGUUACCUGGAUUAGGUUGUUUGGAUUCCUCAUCCCAAUCUGAAAAUUUAAAAGUAGCAUCAAAAGUGGAGUUUCCAUUAUGGUUAGCAGUGUCAUUGAAAAAUUUAAGAAAUCCUGUAGUUAGCGUUGAUAUACCAAAAAUAUACAAGGAAGGAUAUAGAGAAAUCUUAAAAGCGGAUGCUGAUGCUGUUGUUUUAAGCAAGUGGAACCCAUUCUUUUAUGAAUUAGGAAUGCAUGUACGGAAAUUAAAUGACAGAGAUUCUGAACAAAUCACGGAUAGUUUAUUACAGACAUUUAAAGCUCGUUUUCGUUUAGUUAUGGAUUGGGCCCAAAAUCCAAUAUCUGACCCUACAUUAGGGAAUCAACUUCCUAGACUCGAAAGAGAACUAUUUUUCAGUGGUAGGAAAGCUAAGGUUAGGCUUUUAGAGUGGCUAAAAAUGGGUACCAAUAGUAUACUUCCUUCAGAAGUUACUGCAAAUUUGAAAAAAAGGAAACGUGCAAAUUAUGAAUUCCAGUAGUAUUCUUAUUUUAUAAAAUAUAAGACUUAAAGAGGAAUGUUUUACAUUUUGAUCAAGUAAUUUAUAACAUAGAUU